AUUCCCCAUUCGGUAUCGAACGUUAAAUCUAGAGAGAAUAAAUCAACACCGAAUUUUCUACAACUUUCAUUCUGUCCUUAUUGAGUCCGAGACAUCAUUCGCUUUGGGGAAAACUGUAAAUAUGAAUAGUAUUGUAAAAAGUGGAUACUUGAAGAGGCAUAGUAAAGGUUUCCUGUCUGGAGGCUGGAAUAAUGUAUGGGUUGUGUUGUACAAUGACAGUAGUUUAUGUGUUUAUAAACGACAAGGUGAUAAUGAAAUUAAAGCAAAGGCUUACAUGAAGGAAGUAUGUAAACGCUUUGCUUAUGGAGACUAUACAGAAGGGAUGGUAGAUAGACCUGAUAUACCUGCUGGCUAUAGCUUUAAACAAAUGUUAGCCAUACCAGUCAAACCAAGUCAUAAGGCUAAGGUCCUGUGGUUUCUAUGUAGGGAUGAGGCAGAACUAAGUGAAUGGAUGAAAGCAAUUUGCAGUACUCUGCCACAACCAAGUUCUAAUCAACAGGGUCCACCACCCCAACAGCCCAUGCAUCAACAAGCUCCAGUCCACUCAGCACCUCCACCCUACACCCCUGGACCAGCUCCAUAUCCUGCUCAGGCCCCAGGAGGUCCAGCUCCUAUAGGAUUUGCUGGUUUAACAGGUGGUCCUUCUCCUAGUGGAUACCCUGGUUACCCACAGCAACCAAUGGCUCAGCCUUAUCCUCAGCAGCCUUACUCGCAGGGAUAUCCUCAAGGCUAUCCCACACAACAGUACGCUCCUCCUCCACAACCGGUAUACCACCAGCAAGGGUAUGCUCCACCACCACAGGGAUACAGUCAGCCUCCUCCAGGAGCCUAUGGUUACCAGCAGCAACCAGGCUAUUACCAACAGCAACAACCAGUUGUAGUCCAGCAACACCAUAAGAAAGGGGGUCUAGGCAAUAAAGGCAAACUAGCUGCAGGUGUAUUAGGUGGUGCUGCUCUUGGAUACGGAGCCAGUCGAAUGAUGGGUGGAGGACUCGGUGGAUUCGGAGGUCCAUUUGGAGGAUUUGGAUUAGGUCACCAUGGAAGUUGGAGUUCUCUAAGUAGUUUUGGUAGUUGUGGUAGUUUUGGAAGUUUUGGCAGCUUUGAUUAAUAUUGAAAAAGAUACUAAAUUCUGUGUUAUAAACUGGCUGUGCUUGAUGAUCUGCAAAGAAGAAAUACAUUUAUGUAAACCAAUGAAAUCUGAAGCAUUUGUUAAAUAUAGAUGUAAACAAAAAACCUAGUUGUAGGUGUAUUUUUUGCAACUUAUACAUGAUAUAUAUACAAUAUACAACUUGUUUCUCAAGUUAUGAAAUUUCAUUAAAGUUAUACAUGAAAAAUUACAAAAAAUUUUAAUAAGUUGAUUUCUUAAAAUUUUAAAUGAAAUUUUGUUAACAUUUAGGUCACAUUGUAUCUGAGUAUUUGAAAAAUGAAACAUGUUGAAUUUAUACAAUCAAAUUAAAUUGUGUGAACAAGAUCUAUAAAUUGUUAGAAUGUGUGUGAACGUUACUGUGAAUAUGCAUUUUUAUUUCACUAUAAAUAACCAAUUUUGUAAAUCUUGGGUUGUACAUUGACAAACGUUUGAUAAAUGGCUAUGCAAGUUUAUUGUCAGUAAACACAAUAUGGAAAAUACAGAAAUCUAUUUGUUACAUUUGACUUUUUUUGUUUAGAAUUAUCCUAAAACCUAUAGAAGAUUAAACUAUAUUAACAUAUAAAAUAAUCAAAAUUGAAACUUUCCAAUAAGUAAUAAAAUUAGCCAAGUAUUUAUAUUAUUAUAAUCAUUGCUCAGGGCUUGUCAGUUAAGUGGUAUUUUAUUUUUUAUUUUUCUACACUUGAUAUUUACUGCAUGUUAUCAAAUCAAUCUGUUAAAAAAUCGUUGUUAGACUUUGUAACAAUUUAUUGUUUCACAUAUUUUAGAGUCUCAAUCUAGAGGUCUUAAGUUAAGAAUGGACAACAAAUCAGCCACAUUAUCUCAUUGCGGGUAAAAUAUGAUGUUUUGAUAGGUUUUAAAAUCGUCAUUUGAUGGGGUUAAUAAAUUUCAUAUUGGGUUGAAAAAGUCACAUCUACUGUUAAUGGUGACCUCAUCUAUUAAUUUUGUUUUGUUUCAUUGUUUAUUUUUUUUUAAAAGAUGCAGCAGAAAAAUUCUGUGCGUGAGAUAUUCAUUGUAUGGCUUUCUACGCAUACUUACUUAUUUAAUCCUCUUUGUGUGCACUUGCAAAGAGGCCACUACAUAUAAUUAUUAUAAAAUAUUAGCCAGACCUUGUAAUGGGAAGUCAUUUUGCACUCUCUUGCCAAAAAGAUUCACCUUUUGGCAUUGACUGAUAUUUUAAUGUGUAAAAAAACCAACAAUCUAAUAUACUUAUUUGCAUAACAAUUUAAGUCUAUAUACAGUAGAAAGGAAAAGUCCUACAAAUUAAUCCCCUUUUAUUUAUCACUGAGAUAAUUGAGUUUUUUAGUUGACCUCUAUUAAAGUUUUUGCGUCUUCUUUUGUUAUGUUACAUAGAUGUAGUUCAUGUAUUUUAUUCAAAUGAUUAUGUAGUUUUGUAUUUCAUCAAUAUUAUUUAUCACUUUAUUUUCUUAAAAUAUAUAUUUUAUGUUAAUUCAAAAGCAAUACAUGUAUAUCAAUAAUGUAUAAAGUUUGAUGAGACUCUACAAAGUUAGAGGGUUAGCGCUAUAGAACCAGGUUUAAUCCACCAUUUUCUACAUUUGAAAAUGCCUGUACCAAGUCAGGAAUAUGAUAGUUCUUGUCCAUUCGUUUUUGAUGCGUUUUGUUAUUUGAUUUUGCCAUGUGAUUAUGGACUUUCCUAAUUGAUUUUCCUCUGAGUUCAGUAUUUUUGUGAUUUUACUUUUUACAGAUGUCAGUAUGUAAACAGCUUGUGAAUUCAUCAAAUUUACAUCAUACAUGAUAAAUUGUACAAGUUCAUGGAUUAUACUGAAUUUUGAAGAACAAAAUUGAGGCAUUUAAAUAUGAACAUUUAGGCAGCAACCAUUUAUUUUUUUGGAGGAGGGAGUGCUAAGGAUUUUUUUAGAAAAAAAUAAUUUGUUUUUGAACCUGAGCAAAAAAAAAAUGUUUGUUUCACUCUCAGUUGCCACUAUAUGUAAUGCUAAAACUAAAUGAAAAAAAAUGUUUUUGUCUUGUCGCCUAAAAAAUAGAUUGUUUUUUGCCAAAGGCAAAAAAAAAUUUGUCCGGAAAUUUUUUUUCCAUACCCUCCUGAAUAUCAAAUGGUUGCUGCCUUAGUGUUUGUCCAAAAUCUGUAAACUCAUUAUCAUUUCCUUUCACUGUGUCUCUCUAGGUUCUUCUCAGAAUGAUUGGCGGUAUAAGUCAGGGACUUGGUCUCUCUAGAUUUUUCUCAGAAUGAUUGAAGGUAUAAAUCAGGGUCUCUGUCUCUCUCAGAUGCAGAUUUGAUUAGGGGGGGGGGGGGGCAGUUGCUAAAGCAUGAAGCAUGACUGGAGUGGGCCCCCUCUUAGGCAGUCAGUGGGCCCCCACUUACUAAAAUUUCUAGAUCCGCCAGUGUCUCUAGGUUCUUCUCAGAAUGAUUGGAGGUUCAAGUCAGGGACUUGGUCUCUCUAGAUUUUUUUCAGAAUGAUUGUUGGUAUAUACCAGGGACUCUGUCUCUCUAGGUUCUUCUCAGAAUGAUUGGAGGUUCAAGUCAGGGACUUGGUCUCUCUAGAUUUUUCUCAUAAUGAUUAGAGGUAUGAGCCAAGGACUGUCUCAUGCGGUUGUGUAUAUUUAGCUUAAAAUGUAUGAAAUGGGCCUUGUGAUUUUUUAUAUGCAUUAUAAAUUGUUGUAUAUUUUUACCUUAUUUAUUUGUUUAUCCUCAUCAAUGUCAUUGUUUAUUAAGCUUCAUAAUAUUGCUGCAUUAUCAAAACUAGCAAAUCUUGCUUUAAAUUGUGUUAAAGUAUUUAAUAACCAUAUAUUUUUCAUGGAAGCUCAUUAUAUCAGAUAAAAUAUAUAAAAAUUCAUGUGUAGCAAAUUAACUUUUAGUUAGUGUAUAGUCGAGGAAAUAAAUUAUCCAACAAAGGAAGAGACUUAUAGCUGAUUUAGUUACCUUUGAUAUAGAAUGAUCGGAAUAAGUAAAUGGCUCUUAUAUUGUCUGGUCUUCAGUUGAUGGCUUAACUUUUUGUAACAAAAGCAUGAAAAGUCGUGAACCAUCUUGUAAUAAACCUUUUGAUUAGUUUCUUAUUCUGUGACUGUGUGUUAAGUUUAUAUUGCCUGUAUGUUAUGUUGAAUAAACACAUUAUAUACCAUGACAA